AUGGCAUCUCAAAAAUAUAUCGACAAGGCACAAGCCCUCAUUGACAAGCACCCAUUCUUAAUGCUCUCCAAAUCGUGGUGUCCUGAUUGCCACUAUGCGUACAGAGUGUGGGAUCAAUUUAAAGUUACUGACAAAGUACAUGUCAUAGAAUUGGACAAGAUGGAUAAUCAGAGUGAAGCUAUUGAAUUGGAGAAGGGUUUCACUCACAUUGCUGGUAGAAAGUGGGUACCAACGAUCUUCUUCAACGGAAAGGUUUGGGGUACAGAACAGGACUUGAAAAGGUUGGCUUCCGAAGACAAGUUAGAAGAAUCCUUUAAGAAAGAAAACUUAAUCUAA